CACAAUAACCAACCCACAUAAAAACCCUCACCCACCCUCCCUUCCUUUUCUCAAAGCAAAAUCCAAAACCAAGAGGAAGAAGUACAAGACAAAGCCUUCAUCCUCAGCUCUCAAUCUCUCAUAGAUAAAAGGUAGAAGCUUGUUUCUACAGAGGGAUUGCCAGAGACGCCGAAAUUACAGAAAAAGCCCCAUUUUUCCGAAAGCAUUUCAAAUUGAAAUUGGUUUUUGAAACUUAAAUGUAUCAAUGAGGUGCAAGAAGCACGCCGCCGACCUCACAAGCGCCGUCGGCGUCUGCGCCUCUUGUCUCCGGGAACGACUGACCGCCAUCAUCGAGGCCCAGACCCGAGCCCAGGCCCAAUUACAACUCCAGGCUCAGCUCUCCCGCCUCCACUCCCGCAGCAACGGCGUCGCUCCCGAAGAACCCCUCAAGUCCGACCCCAACCCCCCGCCGCUCAUCUUCCCCCGCUCCGUCUCCCCCUACGUUUCUCGCCGCAAAUCCGACGACUCCGCCUGGCGGCACCACCACAAUCGCUCCGAUCACGAUCACGACCACGACCACAACCACCAGCGCCAUCAUAUUCGCUUCUACAGUACGCCCCAGGUGGGGCCUACCUACGACGGAGGAGCCGCCACUAUCGGAGGCUCGUACAGGAAGAGCAAGCCCAAGUUUUCGCUCCUGACGAGUCUGUUCCGGUCCAGAUCCGACAAGUUCUGGACGGAUCCUAGGGUUUCGUCGCGGGACUCGACUUCGACGUCGGCGUCGCCGUCGUGGUUCUCGACGAUCUUCGCCGGGAAAAGAGGGAAGCAAUCGAAGCAAUUCUACUCCGACGAGUCCACGAUCCGAGUGAGAUCUCGCCACAGAAGAGCGCGCGGAAUGUCGCCGGAUUUAACGCACGACGCCGGCGGUGGCGGCUGCGAGGACGUCUGCGACCGAUCGGCCUCCGGCAGCGGGGACUCAUCGACGCCGGAUUGGAAGAGGACUCCGGUGCAGGCCACGCCGUCGCGGCGGACGCGUUCGGGUCCGGUUAAGAAUGUGUCGGGUCUGACGUUCUGCCUGAGCCCGCUGGUUCGGGCCAGCCCGAACCCGCACUGGAACCAGAAGUGCAUGCAGGGCUUCCCGGCCGAGGUUGGCGAGGUCAGGGUGGCGACGAAGCCACACUUGGCCACAGCGGCGUCGUUUAGCAUGAACCGGUCGAGGAAGCUGGCUGAUAUCGGUAGAGCCACUUCCAACCGUUGAUCCUAUUGACCGUUGCGACGCUGCCGAUGCCAUUGCUCUUUUUACCCGGAAAGUACGGUUUUACCCCCCCCCCUUGCUCUCUAGCUUCGUUUUUUUUUUGGAAUAAAAAAAAAACGUUAAAAAAAAAAAAAGGGAAUGUUCCCCCUCUGUUCACUAAUUGUUGUUUGUUACCACGGUACAGAUAUUUUUUGUUGUAUAAUUUGGGAAUUUUAUAAUUUUAAUACAGUGAGUAAAUUGUUUCGCAAUUUCCUCUUCA